GCUCUUCCGGUCUGUGACGGAUGUUGUGUUUGGAUCUCAGGACCCCACAACAGACCACCACGAGGAAAAAACAAAUGUAUUACAUACAAAAUAAUCACACGACACUAAUAUUAGUAAAAUAAUGUAGUAAUGAAAGCAACGUUCGUGCUCUUAGCAGGCAAUGUUAGAUAGCCUCGCGCGAGACAGGGAUUCAUCGCGCGAGCGUAUCGGUGUAUUAAAACAGUUGAGCAUUUUAACGUCAAGUUUUCAUUAACCAUUCGGACAUCAUGGAUGGCAAGUUGCCGCCAUGGAAUAUUCAUGGAGGUCAUAGCAGCAGCAUUCCUUAUACAUCAGGGGAAUGUCAUGAGGCACGUGACUUAACAGGAGAAUCCAUGCCCUCCUUGUCAUCAUGUAUGAGUGGAGCGUUUAGGGCUUUGUUACCAGAUUACCAUGGGACGUCAUCAACCGUGACAACAAACCCUGUUAAAUAUUCCUAUUCUCCCGAUGAUCAUUGUGUCAUUCGAAGUGGAAAUGGAAUGAGUUACUCUGAGAACACUAUAGAAAGAAGGGAAAAAUUGAAUUAUAUCAAAGACUCUUUAGUGUACCCCAAGUAUACUCAGUACAUGCCACAAGAAAAGGACAGAGAAUUGGACCAAGGAAACUCACAUAACUGGACAUCUGUCAUUAAACAUGCACUAGAGAUGAGUAAUGGAAUGGAAAUGGAGCACAAUGUGGAUAUCUGUAGCCCUCUAGUGGACUUUAAUCCUGUUUAUAAAGAACCUCAGAUGGAGGUAACACGCUCCAAACCAAAUGAGAAACAGGGUGGCCUAGAGGUUAAAGGAGAACACAAUUCCUUUAUUGCUAUGUUGUCAGAUGGCACCAGCAAACAGCAAAAUGUUCAGGGAAUGGCUGUAAACCUGGAAUCAGACAUCUAUGCCGAAGGACCAUCUUUAAGAAAAGAGGAACCUAGAAGGACUGUUAUCAGAGGACAUGAGCCAGGAUUUUCAUUACCAGGAUUUUAUAGUUCACAUAAUCCUCAUUUAUUGGAAGGUUAUGUGAAAUGUGAUGAGUUUUCUUUGGUCAAGCAGCCUACAGAACACACUUCUCAGAAAACACCUACAAGGACCUGGGUUAUCAUGCCAAGUUGGCAGCCCUAAAAAAACUCAGGAGAGCCACACAAACAGUUGUUUCGGAGUAAAUAAUGAAAUGGUUUCUGACAAUUCAUCCAUUUUUGAUCUACAUAAUCUUGAUCUUCCCAAAUACUGUGUAACGGCAGAGGUUAUGGAUGGAAAAACGUCAGUUAAUUCACGUCAUCAUCCUUCAAACUAUAAUGAUCAACAGGAGAUGGGACAACAAAGUCACCUGGAUGUCUCUAAUACAACACUUAGAAAACACUUUGAAAACCAAGUGACCACUUCACCGAUAGAAGAAGGAAUUAAGAGCAAUCUGUCUGUUCCAGAAGAUAUUGAAGCUAAGGGCUCGGUUAACACUAAAAAUACUGAACUCAGUUUGAAGUUGAAAGCAAAGUUUGUCCCUGAAAUUGUUUCCUUUUCAAAUCCGAACUCAUCUCCAGAUUCACAGAAGGUUCCAGAGCAACUUCCUUUCUCCCACAAAAUGUACAUUGAUGGUACAUGUAAGGAUUCUCAGAAAGAGCAAGGGAAAAGCGACAAAUUAAAUAAACUAUGUUUUCAAGAGAACAAUUUGACUACCAGCCCCGUGUCUGUAGAUGGUAGAACAGAUCUUCAUGUUCAAGAAAAACAAUCGCCAGCAAAUCAAAGUUUAGUGCUCAUCCCAUCUGGACACUCUAAAAUGUGUGAACAGACAUUUCUCAACAAUGGUGAAGAAAGCAGUAAUCAUUCAACUCAGCAUAAUGUACAGAAUGCAUUGCAAAGGUACCAAGAAAAGAAACCAAGGAAGAUUGCAAAGAAACCAAGAAAAAGAAGAAAAACUGAGCUUGAGGAAUUAAAUGAUCAGAUACACAAAUCCACAAAAAUGAGUGACUGUUCUUUGUAUGAAUCAGACAUAUCAGAUGGUGCUGUAAAACCAGACAAAACUGGAUGUGAAGAUGUUAAUGAUAUCUAUCCGCUGACUGAUCAUGACAUCAGUGCACUGGAAGAGGACACUAUAAAUAAAAAAGACAAUGUACUACCGCAAAGAAAAAAGACAACGCCUAAGAAAAGUAAAAUUGAGGGCGAUCAUAUUACACAAAGUUGUUAUGCUGCUGAAUACCAGUGUGUUUCACAACUGCAGAGUUUUCAUGAGCAACCUGUUACAACAGAGACUUCACAAAAACCAGGUCACAGUUCUGAAGAUUCUCAUGAAAAAGCCACAUCAAAAAAGAAUAAACCAUCCAUCAGAAAAACUGUUUAUGGAAGAAAACGGAAGAGGGCUUCAAAGAUAUGUUCAAAAGCAACCUAUAGCAAUCAAAACAAUGUUUCAUAUACAUCACAAUCUCAGGUCACCCUGUUGGAAGCAAAUGCGGACAUUAAUGAAGCACAGAGUUCUUCAGUUAACCAGCAGACCAUCUCUAAUCUACAGAGUCUUGAUGACGAGUACAACCAAGAAAUAUCAAAAAAAUCCAGAAGAAAGAAAUCAAAUGAGGCUCAACACACAUUACAAAGCAAAGGGGAUUUACCUUCUCAGUUGGAGGAUGUUUCCAGUUUAUUUGAGGCUGACCAGGUGGACAACAAGAUAAAGAGGCUUCAGAAGGCAAGACGGCCUAGCAUAAAGACUUUUGGGGACAAAAAUGAUAAACCUGCAACUAUUCUUGAAGAGUCUUUAAUAGACUCCGUGAGUCCUACAGAUUCUGUUUUAACCUCGCCAAACAUUCGAAGCCCUCAGAAAAACCCAAGGAAACCAAGACAAAAGAAAAGAGUAGAUGUCAGCGAUGUUGCUGAAACACUCAACGCCAGCCCAGCAGUGUUACAACAAAAGGAUGCUACCUUACCAUUAGCAAGACUUAAGGAAAUCAUGCAGACUACCAAGAAAACAAAGCCUGUUAAAGCUAAAAGACGGGUAAAAAGGGCUUCUAGAAAGAACCUAAAUGAGGACCAUGAAACCGCUGUGUUGGACAUAGAGACUUUUACAGGCACUCUGAAGCAAGAUCCUGUUUCAGUUACAGGAAGUGACGUUGAGUCUCCAGUCGUUCUCAAAACACGUAAAACAUUUGGCAAGAAAGCGUGUCCUAAGACAGUACGCGAUGAAACCGUUCAUAUUACUGAUUUGUUCAUUUCAGAUAGUGAAAAAGUAGUUGAUUCUGUGGCGGCCAGAGAAAACACAAAAAUGACAUCAAGUAAAAGGAAAAAAACGAAUGGCAAUUCAACUGUUGGCCAAGCUUGUUUACAACCAGAAGAUAUUACGACAGUGCCCUCAAAAUCUGUUGAAUCUUUAGUUGCUUCCCAUCCAGGAAAAACUGUAAAAGCCAGAAGAGGUUCCAACAAAAAUUCUAGAAGAAAAACAAAUGACAACCACCUAAAUAGUAAUUUGGACGAAGAAGCAUCUUUAUUAUCUACUGUGACACAAGAAAAUGAAAUUUUACCUUUAAAUAUUGACUCUUCAAGCAGUUACAGACGGAAGAAGUUAAGAAAAAAGGCUGUAACCGAAAUCAAAGAUGAGGCAGAGCAAACACAGCAUGAAGAUCUGACUACAAUACCUGAUCCCAUUAUAGCAGCUUCUAGUACAAAGUUGACUUUAAAAUCAAAAAGACCAGCGAAAAAGGCAGGUAGACAGAAGGUGAAGAAUGACCAUGGGAUUUCACUGGACACGCAGACUUCCACAGAUACUCUGAACCAAGCAGAUUGUGUUCCAAUAUCAUCACCUAAAAAAUCAAAGACAAUCAAGAAAAUGUCUGAUAUCAAAGUUGAUGCAAUAAAUACUGCUGAAGACCAAAUGCCCCGACAAGACAUUUCAGCUGUACAUCAGGAAUCAAAAGCCAGCAUCGUGCCUCCAAAGAAAAGAUUCAGAACUCCGCAAACACUAACUACAGACAGUCUGUUUGAUUCAACUGAUGAAAACUAUGAGUCUGUUCGUUUGAGUGAACAAAUUUUUCCAGCCACUGGGAAUACAGUUAAUUCUGUGUCAGCCACAGAAACGGACUGUUCACAUGUUGUCAGCCAGCAAAACUCAGUAAGGACAAAACGACCAACUAAAAAGGGCAAUAGACGCAAAAGACGAGUUAUCCAAGCAAACAGCACCUCUCCAGUGAUGCAGGAAAAAAAUUCUGCUUUAACCAGAAAUAAUAACAAGAAUCUGACUUCAGACUCUUACUUUUUGCAUGAAACAACAGAAGAUCAUGGAGAGAGACAGGUUUUAGUCUCUACUGAAGCUGUUGCAAGUCCACAGAGGAAGGCAAAGAAAAAUUGGCUGAGGCAAAAAGAAAAGAGUGAGCAAGAAUUACAUUAUAGCUCUACUGAAACUACAAAUAGUUUGUCUCAUGAAGUAGACAAAAUGUCAAAUCUGCAACCUGCUUUGGAGUCGGUGUCUGAGAAUUUUGAAACUUCAGAAGCAGACAGCUGUGACCAGACAUGGAGGGCAGCUAGGAGAAAAUCCAAGAAGUCCAAAGAGAUUGCAGAAACACAUGAAUUUGCUAGUGUUUCUUUGUCUCAAGAAGCUCUGUCCCCAACUAAGAUGAAAACUGAACCAGUUGAGACAGAUGUCUUGGUCACUAGUACAGAUGUGCAAGAUUUCUCCAAGUUAUCUAAUGUUCAAACUGUUAAAGGAUUACAGUGCUCUGAUAUAGAUGGUUCUGAGGUUGAUCAUAAAAACAUUGUAAUCAGACCUAAAGGACCUAAAGUUAGAAAAGCGCGCAAGACAAAGAAACGAAAACCUGCUAAACAGAAGAGGAAAAUUGCAGGCCGGUCAACCCAAAGAAUUAAAGAGGAGGAACAAAAAUACACAUAUUCUGAUAAUGUAAUUGCUUGUGAUGUUCAGGCUCAAAUUAAUGAUAACUCAGCAAGGACCACAGUUACACAAGAGGAGCCAGUAAAUUCAGAUGUGUACAUAUCAAGAAAAUCAACCCGGAUACAAAAAAUAAACUUGGGUCCGGUUGUUGAAAGUAAGGUCAAUAGCACAGACAUCACUGAGGACAUCACGCUGUCUGGUUCCAUUAAUAAUUCUGAAUGUAAAGACCUAAACGAUGUCCAUGAGAUUUCAGUAAGCAGUGAGCAAAAGACACCAAAACGUGGAAGACCCAGGAAACACAAGUUAGUAGUAGCACAUCUAGAAGAUAAUGUUACAGCACCUGUCCACAUCUCAGAUCAACCUUUGUGUCAAAGCAGCGCAGAAAAUAACAUUGAAGCAGCUGGUAAUCAAGUAAUACUUAAAGUUGUUCGACACCCUAAAAAGAGAAGAGGAAGGAAAAUGAAGAAAAAGUUCACUAAAGUUACUAAACAAUUAGAAACGGAUCCCUCAGAACCGAAUGAUGCAGAUCAGACUAACAACAAUUUGUCACAGAGCAUCCAUGGACGUGGACGUAAACACAAGAACUUGAAAGCACCAGGAAGAAACCUCAAGUUAUCAUCUUUGAAAGUUACUGGCAGAACAUCUGAACUGGGCACUGGCGAAGCAGAGACAUCUUCUCUGCCCCCAAAUUCCGUAGAAGCUUCACUGCUUAGGCGGGGGACAAGGAUAAAACGAAAACUUGAUGACAUAACAACUAUACAAGAUGAAGUUGCGACUGCUGAUGAGAAGAUUGUAGAAAUUAAUUUUAGGAAACGUGGUCGAAGGAGACAAAUGGUGAAAGAGCUGUGCUUCGAUGAUUCAGAAACCCAACCUGAACAACCCCACCAAAGUGUCUCUCUUUUAUCCAAAAAUAAGUCACCAGGUCAACCUUUAAGUUUUGAAGAUUGCUUUGAAGUUUCUUUGCAGUCCUCUGUUGACAACACAGAAGCCUGUAGUGAAAUAUGUGGCAUACUUCCCAGCAGUGUGGUCAAGGAGGAGGAGCCAGAAGCAAUUCUUCUAGAUACAAAAAUCAGAUCAAGAAAAGGACCCCAAAACUCAUCAGAGACAGAAAUUGUUAAUACGAGUACUGCAUGUCAACCAUCUGAAGUACAGAAAGUGGAUGAUGAACAUGUUGCAAUUGCAAACAAGUCGAAAAUUGGAUUUAAGGCUAAAGAAAAGGCGAAGAAACCUCUCACAUGCAAAUACUGUGGAGUUUCCUUUCGGCACAUUACAGCAUACGUCAUGCACCAACGCAUACAUACAGGUGAAAAGCCGUACAAAUGCAAGUUCUGCAGUAAAACCUUUGCUCAUCUUUCUAAACUGAAGUCUCACCGAAAUGUACACAAGGAACGUGCUUUUCCCUGUCCUUGCUGUAACCAAACUUUCAUGAAGAAAGAAGAUCUGCUAAGUCAUUUUAAAGUGCACCUUCUGGAAUCAAAACUUAGCACUGAACCUAAGCAGGACAUUAAGAAAAAGAGAAAUAUGUCCUCAAAAAAGCCAAGCAAAUCAGGCCACCAUAUUUGCAAGGUUUGUAACAAAAACUUUGUAAACCAAGUCAAAUUGCGGAUUCACAUGCGUGUGCAUAAAGCAGAGAUGCCCUUGACAUGUAAAGACUGUGGGAAGACUUUUAAGAAACCUUCAAACCUUGCAGCUCAUGAGAAAAGCCACAGGCCUGUAAAGCCAUAUGCUUGUUCUAUUUGUGGAAAAGGUUUCAGCCAGCUGAAGGCAUUGAAAAAGCACUCUCAAAUUCACACAGGUGAGACACCCUUCUCCUGCAGUCAUUGUGGCCAUACAUUCAGUGCCAUGUCUGCACUUAGGGUGCAUCAAGCGUCCAAAACGUGCAUUUCAAAGAGAACUGAUGGGGAAAGCGUCAAGGGUUUCAUCAUGAGUCAAAAAGGUGGUCAGGUUUUCUUCAAGUGUCAGAUAUGCAAACAGCUCUACAAAAAAUGGUGCCAGUACACGCUUCACCUUCAAACUCACACCAGUUCUUCUCCAUACCUUUGUUUUUCAUGUGGACAGUGUUAUGAGAAGGAUUCUGAGGUCAGUGAUCAUUGUAAGGUGUGUUGCCAGUCAAGUGGGGAGGAGAAAACUUGUAGAGCAUCAGUCUCUGAAAUCAUUCAGGGUUUAACCCAAACUGACUCUGACUUGUGCUUAGACAGUAUUUCGAAGAAUACCUCAGAUUCUUCACAGAGUUUACCAAGUACAAGAUUUCGAAAUCUGCGGACUAGACAAAAACAUACCACUUUACCAUCUCAUCCUACAGAAUUGGAAUGUACACAAACAAGAACCACAACUCUUCCGGAAAAAGAUGCUGAACAAUUCCCCAUCAGAUUCCCAAAUGCCCAGUCACCCGCUCGUUCUGAAACCAGCUGUACCUCCUCAGACAGCCCUCUAGAAUGUAUCGAAAUCUCUCCGAGUCUUUGGAAAUUUCAAUGUUCACGUUGCGGUCAGCGAUUUGAGCGGUACAGGAUGUUGUGCGCUCAUAUCCAGACACACGCUCCCACUUUCAGAUACACCUGCGCACAUUGCGGCCAGUUUUUUGAAAGGUGGAGUAAGCUAUGGUUGCAUCAGCGACGUCAUCGUCGCAAAGGUCGUUGCUACUCCUGCACCCAGUGCAGUCUUCAGUUCCGCUUCUUUAACUCUUAUAAAGAGCACAUGUUUGACCACGCAGGCCAGAGACCCUACGCAUGUCCGCUCUGUCCCAAAACCUUCAUCCAGGAGAAAAGCUUACACGCUCACCAGUAUGAGUCUCAUAAACUGUGUGAAAGUCUUAAAUGUGAUGUUUGUUCGAAGACCUUCAGCAGUUUAAGAAACUUAAUCAAGCACAGUCUUCUGCACAACGGUUCUACCUCUCACGUUUGUCUCCUGUGCAGUCUCUCAUUCACAAAUACAAGAGCCUUCCAGCAACACUUGAACACACACACCGGUUAUCAAGGACUGCCGCUUCCAGACAUUGCUUCAAAGCCGCUCAGUUUCCCCCACAAAUGCAGAACAUGCAAAGCUUGUUUUUCAACUGGAGAUUUGCUCUAUGCUCAUCAGAUAUGCCAUUCCAGAGAUGCAAAGACUAAAGUCCGUCCAGAAUCCAAGUCUACCUCAAAAUCGUCCGAUUCUCGUCAUACAGAUGAACAAUCUGGCACCCCUCUCACAAAUCAUGUAUCGAAACUCAAACUGGAUGGCGUACCCAAUGAUAAGAGCCUGUAUGUUUAUUCCCAUCCUGACAGGCUCUAUGUUAACCCUAGUUUAUCCGCAGUAAGGCAUCAAGUCAUUCAUUUAGACUCUAAUGAACACUCAUACUCUCAGAAUACCAGGCCAGACAUUUCAAACUCUACCCCCUUAGCCAGCAGUGAAGGAUGCACACAGGAUUUACCUGUGGCGACCUCUCAUCUACCUCAGGACACAUCAGAUCGGGAAACCACUAACUUGAAAACAAGCGAGAGUGUUAAAGACAUGACAAACGAUCCUAUCCAGAAUAAAAAUAAACACAGCCAUAAGCAUCAGAGAAGGUCUACCUUUGUGGAGACCAGCGUUAAUAUGGAGGUAGAAACUGUUCAUGACGAGUUUGAGGAGUGUUUUGAAUGUGCUGAUUGUACUGAAAAACUAACCAGUGUCAUAGGCCUUUAUGAACAUUACAUACUACAUGCAAUGGGGGAUACAUACGUACAAGUACAUUGAUGAUGAUUGUAGUUUUUCAUCACAGUUGAUGUUUUAAUGGUAGAUGAUAAUGCAUGUUGUAUUGACACUAGUAUUUGUUUUACCAUCCAGGGGCCUCAUUUAUAAAGUGUGCGGUAAAUGCGUCAUUUACAUGGAAAGUGCUUGGGGGUCUGAGCUUGUCCGAUUGCUUCACGUUUUUGGAAAAACAUUGACAGGUGCUUUUUAUAUGUCAAUGACAUCAAUUGGGCAUUGUUUAAAUGUGGAAAUUUGAAACUAUUUAGCUGCACACAAUUUCAAAAUCAUUCGCGAUCUAUAGAUUUCACAUCUACACACAAGUUUUCUGUGCGCAUGUUUAUUUUAUGAAUCACACGUACACAUAGGAUGGUUUUUAUGCAGCAUUUUAUAAAUAAGGCCCCUGGUGUUUUGUUUUUGCAUGCUUUUUAAGUCAGUAAAUGUGUCAUUUACAAAGUUGACUUUGUAUUUUUUUAUCUUGGUGACAAAAAGUAGCUUAACAAUGGUGCGGUUUCUCGUGCAGGGCUUAUCCUAGUCCCAGACUAAAAUGCAUAUUUGAGCUGCCACCUUUUACUGAAAUAUUUUAACAUACUGUAUACCAAUGCCGUUGUUUUGUCACAAGAUGCACGCCAGUAUUGUUUUUUGUAAGGUAUGUUUAUAAAAACUACUGUAAUGUCCUAAUAUAACUAAGGCCUAGACCUGGAUUAAUCUAAACCCUGUCCGGGAAACCGCCCCAAUGACUCUUAACAGGCUCUGUAAACCCUCAGGUUAAUGUGGUUUAAAAUCUUACACAGGCUGUGGAAGGGUUAAUGCUCAAUGUCUUCUCCAAGACACUGUAUUACUGGAGUUAUUAUGUCACUUUGCCUUUAUCUAGAUCUCUCCAUAGGUGCCUUCAUCGAAAGGUUUGGGUGUGAGAUUUAAUCGUUGCUGGUGCGUAAGUCAGGUUCAUAUACUGUACAUACAGUAGGGUCGUUUAAAGGAUGUGUAAAUAGCUUAACAUAACCCAAUAACCUGCCAGGCCUCCCAAUGUAAAGACAUUAUCUGGGUGGCACAUAUAUAAAUAUUGUAAAAUGAAUAUAUGUAGUACUUGAGAACGCUAUAUCUGAAAGUUUUACAUAUACUGUUUCCAUUGUAGUCAUGUUUUUGUUUUUU